UUUCCUAGGGAUAUAAAAACCAGCCCCUUCUUCCCUCUCUCUACCACUUUUUCUCAUCAUUUCAAUUUCUUUUAUUUCUUUCUCUCUCCUCUUUCCACUCUUUCUCUCUUCUGCAACAACACCACCACUACAUUUCAUCAAUCACAACCUCAAAUUUCCGAAUGUUAAACAACUCAUUCAACCGCCAUUAAAGCAAUUCUUCAGCAGCUUCAACGCAGAGAAAAUGGAGAUGCAAAUGCAGCAUUAUGAAGUUUCUCAGCUCCUUCGUUCACUUCCUGAAAGUCUAUAUUGUUCUCCUUUUUACAACAACACAAAAAUGGAGGUUAAAAAGCAGAGCAUUGCAGAAAAACUACCAGAAAACAUCAAUCCAUCUCCGAUUAGCACAAAACAAAAUCUCUCAAAAGCCAGCGUCGAAAACGCGCUGAUCAAAGCGAUAAUCAGAGACGACAGAGCAAAACUCAGUGAUUUAGCGAAACAAAUAACUUCAUCUUCCUCCUCCGACGAAUCAUCGCCGUUGGAUCGCGCUACAAUGUCGAAGCUCCUGCACCUUUGCUGUGAGUUUGACGCGGUAAACUCUGCAGAAGCUCUGCUCAAUGGCGACAUCAUCGGCGGCAGCGUAGUGCCUCUUUUGAACGAGAUAGACGCUAGCUCUGGCUUCGCACCGCUGCAUACUGCGGCGGAAAACCACGCUAUGCGCUGCAUUGAGCUGCUGCUUCGGAAGCGAGCGCGGUCGGACCUCAAGACGAAGAGUACUGCACCAGCUGCCGCUGUUGCUGGCACUGGUAAUGGUAAUGGUAAUGGUAAUGGUAAUAGCAACACUUACACUGCGUUGCAUCUGCUGCCACUGGAAUUGGCUCUGCGUAGCACCAGGAUGAAGGUAGACUGGGAGCUAGAUCAGCCGCUAGAUGAUUUGCUGCUGUGGCUCAGCGAUAAGGAUUUGGGGGCUAUAAGAGUGUUGGCUGAAAAGACAAAGGAUAUAGGAGAGGUAGCAUACACCAUGGCAAUACAAGGGCGAGUGGAAGCUCUGGCUGCACUACUGAUGGUGGCAGCCGAAAGGGUAAAUGGAUCAGUGUUGGAGUUACGAACCAACACUGGUCUGGCCGUCGAGAAGACGACAGUGUAUAGUUGUGUCAUCAAAGAGGCGGUUUCGAUAUUCGUUGCAAGGCAGGGCAAGCAUGGCAUUGAUAGUGGUGGAGCUGAAAGGAGGAAGAUAUUACUACGGGAGAUGGAGUUGCUCCAUUUCUUUGGGGCUUCUCCUUAUAGGGGCUCAGUAGAAAAGAAGGCUACUUCUCCUCUUAUACUUGCUUCUCAGGCAGGAGAUGAAGCUGUCCUGAAGCUGAUUCUGCAGACAGGGAUUGAUCUGAGUGACACUGAUGCCGAAGGUAACUCUGCGCUCCAUUGGUCUCUUAAAGCAUCAAAAGUAUCAUGCCCUGAGCAUAUCAGAAUUUUGGUGCUUCUUCUGGAGCAUGGUGCUCGAGUGAGGCAAAAAGACAAGCUGGGAUUAACUGCAGUUCACAUAGCUGCUGCAAAUGGAAAUCUAGAAGCACUGAAGAUCCUGCUAAAUCAUGAGCCUGACAGUGUCCAUGUCACAUCAGAAUUGAAAGAAACUCCUUUAUUUUAUGCUGCAAAAAAUGACUUCAUAGAAUGUGCUCAACUCCUACUGAGUUCUGGAGCAACCACAGAUGUCUAUAAUUUGCGUCGAGAGAGACCUAUGGACUUGGCAAAAUCACAGGACAUGCGCUCUGCUUUAAAUCGGACCAGUAUUAUCAUAACCAAUAGGGCAUCCCAGCAGAAAUACACUGCAUGCAUACACAAUGACCAGGUGGUCUCAGAAACCUGUGUAGCGCUAAAGGAACAAUGCUCUACUUCUGAGAGUGCUGACUCAAGCCCAGACAGUGAUAUUUGCAAAUACUAUGGAUCCCCAACAGGAUGUGCUAGAGGGUCCAAAUGCUUUUACAGGCAUGGUGAAGGGGAGCUCUGGAAUUCAAAGUCGAGAGUUUCCCUUGUUCGUUCUACUGUUUUAGCAGAAUACAAGCGGAAAAUUUUUGUAGGAGGACUACCACCCAGUUUGGACUCCAAUUCAUUAGCUGGUGUUAUGGAAGAGCAGUUUGGCCCAGUGGCAGAUGCCAAUGUUAUACAGAUGGAAACCGAUGAUCAAUUAACUUCUCGGGGUUUUGGUUUUGUUACUUUCAAGGAUGAUAAAUCUGUAGCUGCUGCUUUGGAGGCCCACUAUACCAGCAUCUGGGGAAAGAAAGCUGAGAUCAAAAGUGCAGUUCUGAAACGGUCAUGUAAUCAAGAAGAUCGUGGAGAUGAACCCCAGCAAGAGACAGAGCAACAAGAGAGUAACCAGUCUCAACUACGAGGUCAAACUGAGCGGAGUUCCGCAGAAGACAUGCCUAAGAAGAUGUCUUGGGCUGAUCGAGUAGGCCAUGCACAACCAGAUGACUCUGGGAAGGAGUGCAAGGCCCGCAGACCCCGAUUUGCUGGCCAAGACACACCUAGAUGGUUCAUUACAUUCAAGAAAUGGCUUCCUCAAUUCUUAAGAAAGCUGUCUAGGAAUUCAGAAGGAGGAUCCUAUUAUUCCCUGUCAUCUUUGAAAUCCGAUUUCAAGACAUUAUUUGGGCUAGAGCUUGACCAUGCCUCUCUUGGCUACUCCAAAUUGAGUGAUUUUGUCAAGUCUUAUCCUGAAUUAUGUAGGGUAAAGAUUGUCCACACAGGUGGUCAGGUUCCUAAUCAUAUGAUCCUCCUACCUAAUGUGCCCCGACCCCCACCACUAGCUCUACCACGGAAUAGGAAAUCUGUGGCCCGCCCAACAACACCAGUCCAUGUACACAUUGAUGAUGCAUCUGACUGUGGAAACAUGGGCCUGUCCGAAAAAGAAGCAGAGAGUGAUACUCAUUCCGAUAAGACUUCUGAGACAUAUCUUGAUGCUACUGCUGCUGUGAAUGAAGUUUAUGGAAAACCGGCAAAUCUUGAUCUUAGGGCUAUAGUUCCUACGACAUAUUCAAGAUUUCUGCAGUUUCUCGAACCAGACACAGUGUUUCUUGCUCGAACAUGGCUGGGAACUGGAGGCUUUAAGGUACCAGAUCAAGAAUGCAGGAGAAAACAUUUGGUUUUGGAGGCUCUUGCCCGAAAGAGGAAGCAAGUGUUCUUCCUCAGGGGUCUCAACUUCUAUGAUGAGUAUGCAGCUAGCGUCAAGCAAGGCAACUGCUUUGCUUGUGAGAAGAACAAGAUGCUGUGGGCUAAUUAUCCAUGCCAACAUCUUCUGUGGUGCGGAGACUGCAAGGUUGUAGCUAUGAGGAUCGCUGCAGUUGGUUCUUCUACUCACAAGUGUGUUGUCUGUGACGAGGUGGUUGAAAAGAUCGAUUUGAUACCAUGGACAAUAAGGCAGCACCAGAGCUAUGAGGACAUGGACUUCCCUCCAAUUCAUGCUGCCUCUCUGAGAAGUCAAACACUCCGAGCUUGAGGAGGACGUCUGGUCGUUGGUUAAGCUACACAGACAGACAUCACAACGGAUUCUUCUUUUGGGUGCUAAAUUGAAGCUUGCUUUACUUGCACAAAUCCACAGUUUAUUACGAAGGGUGCAUGAGAAGCUUUUUUUUGGGGUGUUUCAUAUAGUUUUCAUCUUCUCAUACUUUUUGGUUUUGUAAAACAAGUAACUUUCCCUCCCAAUUUGCUUUGAGUAAUCUCUAAGUUUCUGA